AUGGUCAAUUCCAAUUCAGAUCUUGAGCGUGCGCCUGGGGUGGGGCCAUCCCCCGCGGUCAAUUCUUCUGGUCUGGCAACGGACAAACUGACCAAGAGAGUCGGAAUCUCAGCCAACUUGUCGGAGAAGAAUGUAGCAGACGAUAGUCGUGCAGGAUCAAUUGACGAUGAGUCGAUUAAACCAGCCUACGAUCACACCCACCGCAAGUUGAAGCCCAGGCAUAUCCAAUUGAUUGGUAUAGGCGGCACAAUUGGUACGGCGUUGUACGUCCAGAUUGGCAAGAGUCUGGGAAAAGGCGGUCCUGGAAGCUUAUUCCUGGCAUUUGUCAUAUGGUCAGUCCUCGUCCCUUCUAUCGAUAUGCAUCUUGUUCUCGUGCCCCCGCUUGCUAUUCUUCCGGUCCCCUCGACACCGCGAUAUCUCGGACGUCCUCGGCCAUUGGUAAGUCUCCGGGCCAGAAAGUUGGAAAUAGCAUGGUCUACAUGCUCCGAAUUGAACAAGAGAACCAGAAGACAAACAUUGAAAGCAAACCCUUCCCACCAGACGUAA